AUGGCGGGUAAAGAUGGUGAUGAUGGAAGAAAGACUCGGCACAAGCAGGAGGGUAGGUUGAAGAUGUUCCAUGAUCGUAGUGUCCAUUUAAGGUUAGAUGGUGGACUUUGUUUUGAAAUACCUCCAUGGCAAUAUCUACCUGUGGAAAUGGACCAUCAUAUAGCUAAGGUGAAGGAGGCUUGGGGCAAUCUGUCAUCAGUAAGAGAUACAAGGAGAUUUAGCUUAAGUAUUACUAAUAGUAAAAUAAGUCAAUACGUAGAUACAGUUAUUGGUCCGUUCUUGGACACGUAUCACAAAAACAUCCAGACGUCAUAUCAGCAGAUGACCAAUAAGAUACUUCGGAAGACGAAAGACGAGAUCAGCGCUGCGAUAAGGAUAAAGCAGAAAGUAUAUGAAGAGUUGAUUAAAUUGUCAGACCGAUUGGCGGUCCCAGCAAUGUGUGACGAGGAACGUCGGUACGCGCGUACCAUCGCAAGUCGUCAUGUGGCACAGAUCUACAAAUGUACAGAGGAGGCGAGAAACUCUAUCACAAAGAUGGGAAAAUAUGCAGAGGAAAUGAUAACGAUCACACGCAACCAUAUGCAAGCGGCAUUAGCUAAUGCUACCAGUAAAUUUGAUACUAACAAACAGUAUGAACGAGACAGGGACAAAAUAAAUCAUAGCGCAUGUUUGAAAGAGCUAUCGAAGGCGGCGGUGUCUCUCGGGUACGAGUUGGAUCUCAGUUUGACAAACGCACGUCGCUACAACGAACAGUCCUGCGAGAAAUUCACCGUCUGCUGCACAAGAGCUCGCAAGGAUACUGAGGAAUCUACCGUAGCGUUGAAAGAUUAUCUGUACCAAUGUGUAUAUGCUUAA